AUGUUGCAAGAUCGUUGUGGGGGACGAGGGUGCUCCCCAGUGAAGGGCAACCACGAGGGAGGAGAGGAACACUACAGAUAUGAAUCUUUGGGGGAGAGACAAGACGAGGGCGAUAACAUGAUGGAAUUAUGCCCUUUGGAAGGUGUUUGUGCUGAUUGGUUAAGUGGAGAAUUAGGGGGUAGCUACUUUGACUUGAUGGCGGUCGACGAGGGGAACAACUGCACGAAGGGGGGUACCACCCUGGGGGAGGAUAAUAAAAAGACCGUAACACAUUAUUCGUACGAAGAGGUCCACAACAAGAAGGAACUGAGGAAGGAACAAACGAAGGUGAUCCUGUUCAGCGUGAACAGGUGUUUCAAAUUAAUUAACGAUGGGGUAUUUUUACUAAAGAUGGCGUAUCGACUUAGUAGAGAGAAGGAAUGGGAAAAUUAUUUCAUUUUAAAUGUGAUUCCGGAGGAGCAUCAGGACUUGUUUAGUGUGUUGGGUGUAUUUAAGAAGGUACUUUGUUUUCGAGGGGAAGAAAUGCCCAUUUUGUAUUUCUACACCAGGAUGGAAAAAACUUAUUUUAUUGUGAAUAAAUGUCUAGAGGACAUUCCGCAGGAUGCCUUCAUCGAGUGCGACGCGGCACCAACGAAUAAGUUUUUCUGUCUUUACGCUGGGAUGGUUUUCUUCGUGUGGUCCCUUGUCGCCUUGGCGAUGGUGCCUUUCGUGAGUGCCCCCUGGACUGCACUUAUCUACGUCCAAUUCGUAACAUUGUUGCUUGUCUCGAUUACCUUUCUGUUGUCCUUCCUGUACAUCCACUUUGGCCUGAAGAAAAGAUUUUAUUUAAACCCUUACUACAGCCUAGGGGGGGAUGUGGAGUGGCAGAAUGGAAAUCGGGGUGGUAACAACUGA